GACGGGUCUCCGUGACGUCACCAGGUGUGUUACCUGCAUAUAAAAGGUGCAGCUCGUUGGAACCUUCACUCCUUCACAACAUUCUCAUCAUGAACUUCCUGUCGGACGCGCUGGGAAACGACGGCAUCGCCAAGAUCGCGGGGGCCAAAGUCGGUGAGAUGGUGGAGGACACCCUGAAGAAAGCUCUGGGUGGAGACGACAAGAAGGAGGCGGAGAAGGGCGGAGCCGAGGGCUCCGGAGAGGGCGGGUUCGGCCUCGGAGACGCCCUCUCAUUGGUCGGAGGGAAGAAGGAGGAGGACAAGGGCGGGUUCGGCAUCGGCGACGCCCUCUCAUUGGUCGGAGGGAAGAAGGAGGAGGACAAGGGCGGGUUCGGCAUCGGCGACGCCCUCUCAUUGGUCGGAGGGAAGAAGGAGGAGAGCGGAGGAGGAGGAGGGCUGGAUGUGAAGAACGGUCUGGGAGGACUGUUCGGGUAGAACCUGGUUCUGGUCCUGGUUCUGGUUCUGGUUUCGGGUCGUCUCCGUCACACGUCCACCUGUGACCUCUGACCUCCACCUGUGACCUCCGACCUCCGGAGACGCUUCGCCACCUUUUACAGAUGUCGUCAUUUUACAGAUUAAUCAAUAAUGAAACAAUCGUGUGUUAAGUGAUUAAAUUCAGGAAAAUGUAAAAUUAAACAAAAUGAAAGUGUCAAA